AUGAAAGGAGGCGGGUGGAGCAAAGGGACGCGCGGCGUGCGAGGAACGGAUCAGCAGCACCAGUAUCAGCAACCCGUGGCAACAGGACGCUCGGCGUACGAGUCAAUGGACAUGCCCAAUAUGGGUAUGGAGAGCCGCGAUUACGGGCAGGAGGCAGCAGCGUGGGCGGAUGAGAACGGUAACGAGGAUUACGGACCGGUCGGAGUGAAAAAGAGCCGAGUAUCAUCCAACAUGGGAAGCUCCACGUGGGAGAUGAACCGCCAAGAGGUGAAACGUAGUCGUACGGGCGAGGAAACGCCGUACGACGCGCAAGGCCGCUCCGCGAUUCCGGAUUUGCAGAGCCGAUCGAAGCCGGUGGCGGGGGCGAAGCGGGAGAGCGGCUUUUACGACAGCGGCGAGUGGAGUAACGGCGUGCUGGGCGACAGGAACCCUAACUUCGCGAACGUCGCGAACGUCGCGAGCGUCGGUAACAGUCGCCAAGUGGAGCAUAACGGGUGUGUGGUUUGGAAACGCGGUGACUACUUGGGCGGCUGUAGCACGGGGUGUUGUUGCGGCUGUUGCAUGGGAUACUUUGGCGGCUGUAGCACGGGGUGCUUUGGCGGCUGUAGCACGGGUGCUUUGGCGGCUGUAGCACGGGGUGCUUUGGCGGCUGUAGCACGGGGUGCUUGGGCUGCUGUAGCACGGGGUGUGGUGGCGGCUGUAGCACGGGGUGCUUGGGCGGCUGUAGCACGGGGUGUUGUGGCGGCUGUAGCACGGGGUGCUUUGGCGGCUGUAGCACGGGGUGCUUUUGCGGCUGUAGCACGGGGUGCUUUGGCGGCUGUAGCACGGGGUGCUUUGGCGGCUGUAGCAGGGGGUGCUAUGGCGGCUGUAGCAGGGGGUGCUUUGGCGGCUGUAGCACGGGGUGCUUUGGCGGCUGUAGCACGGGGUGCUUUGGCGGCUGUAGCACGGGGUGCUUUGGCGGCUGUAGCACGGGGUGCUGAGGGCGGAGCGUGCAGGGGCAACACGCCUCUGUCUCCCCACACCCCCACCACGCCCCAUCGCUUCACCAUACCUUCCUUCACGCUUCCCUCCGUUCCCCCUCCCCCGCCUCCCCAUGCGCCCUUCCCAGCAGGCCAGAGCGCGCAGGGGGAGACACACUCCCCACACCCCCAUCUCGCCCAUCGCUUCACCAGGCCUUCCCUCCCCUUUUCCCCCUUCCCCCGCAACCUAUGCGCCCUUCCUAGCAGGGCGGAGCGCGCUGGGGUAGACGCGCCUAUGUCUCCCCACACCCCCACCACGCCCCAUCGCACCAUGGGACACACCCAACCGCCUGCUAUCGAGCCCAUCCAACUCGCCAGUGCGGAGGAGAGGUGGAGUGCGACAGUGGCGUACGAUGCAUGUGUGCGCAUGUGCAUGGACGAAGCAUCCAAGGGGUCUCCCCACGCCCAUUUCUUCCUCCAAGACGCUGCCUGCGCCUCACUUCGCACGUUCUUCGGUCCGCAAGGUGCGCAUGACAAGCAAGGGGGACGAGGGGAAGGGGAUGGGCGGGGCGCAGGGGGAAGGCGAGAACCAGGGAGGCGCAGGGGGGCAGCAGCGGGGGGAACAGGCGGAACAGGGGGAGCGGGGGGAGCAGUGAGCAGCAUGAUGCGGCAGAUCAAGGGGGGCAUGGCCAACCUCAGAGGGCUGGCUGCUGAAGCCACCACUGCUGCUCCAGGUGAUUCCUCUGUUGCUUCAGAGGGAGUGCUGGUGGCCGUGCGAUGCCCAUCAGAGGAGGCAGGUGAAGCACGGAGAGUCAACCCCAACACCCACCACUGCAUUAACCUACCUGUGGAGAGCGAUCGACAGGAGGUGGUGGUGGAGGUGCAUGAUCGCAGUGGGUUAAGAGGACAGGCGUCAGUGGCUGCUGCUACGCUCAUGGACGAAGGGCACCCAGGUGCCCACGUGUCACUGUCGCAGCGCUGCCAUUGGCUGGCAGUGAGGGACACGUGUCAGCAGGAGGUGGCUCGCGUGCAGCUCGCCGUGUCGCUGGUGCCCUGUGCCAGGGACUAUGGCACGCAGUGCCAACCAAUCUCCGAGUCAGCAGCAUACGACUGGGUGCUAGCAGCAGCCAUGGCAGCUCAGGGCUUCCACGCGCGCAACCUCCGCCUCUCCGGCCCCUGGGAGUGGCUGUGCGAUCAAUUUGCUACGUGCUAUGGCGUCUCCCCACACUACACCAAGCUCAGGUACCUCACGCGUGUGAUGGACGUGGCAAUGCCAACAGCCGACUGCCUCACUCUCAUUCACCAGCUGCUGGCGCCGGUGCUGCAUGCACAUGACAGUGACGGCAGCAGUGUGACCAAACAGGAGGCCCGCAUGCUAGCAGAUAUGGAGGAGAGAGUGGGCGAUCUCCUCCAGCCCACCUUCGAGAACUACAAGUCGCUCAGCGAGUCUGCCCCUUCAGGCAUCGCCGACUCCUCCCGUUCCGCCGCCCACCUCUGUGCCUCCCUGGGGCGAUCGCUGGCGCGCAUGCUAGCAGACAUGGAGGAAAGAGUAGGAGAUCUGCUUCAGCUCACCUUCGAGAACUACAAGUCUCUCAGCGAGUCUGCCCCUUCAGGCAUCGCCGACUCCUCCCGUUCCGCCGCCCACCUCUGUGCCUCCCUGGGGCGAUCGCUGGUGGGGGCAGAGGCGGCAGCGCUGGUGGCACCAGCCAUUCCCCCCGCGGUGCACCUGUUUGGGCUGCUGAACGACCUGCUGCUGCCAGAGGUGCAGCAGCAGUUCUGCGGAUACCUGCAGGUGAGAGGAGAGGGGGGGAGGGAGGGUGAUCACUGGUUGCAGGUGAGAUGGGAGGUUUUACUGGUGGCGCGGAUGAUUCCCCCCGCGGUGCACCUGUUUGGGCUGCUGAACGACCUGCUGAUGCCAGAGGUGCAGCAGCAGUUCUGCGGAUACCUGCAGACAGUGGCAGCAGCGCUGGUGGCGCCGGCCAUUCCCCCUGCGGUGCACCUGUUUGGGCUGCUGAACGACCUGCUGCUGCCAGAGGUGCAGCAGCAGUUCUGCGGAUACCUGCAGACAGCUGCGCGGCGGCGGUGCCGGCAACACCUGUCAGAGACCGACGAAUACGUCAACGGCACGUUCUGCCUUGGCACUGGCAGCAGCAACAUGCAAGGGCAGGCACAGGGGCAGGGGCAAGCGGGCAUGGGGUGCAGUCCGGGGGGAGGCAGGGGGAGAGGGGGAGGGGGCGCCGGCGGAAUGGGGGGAGCAGGCGGGAUGGGGAGGGGGGCGAUGCGGGGAGGGGAGGGGGGGGAUAUGGAGGAGCAAAGGGAGGCGUAUGGGAGCAUGCGACUGGCGUGUGUGGCGAUGUGGAGAGAGGUGCAGGCGGAUAUCGGCAUUCACAACCAACACAUCCUGCCCAGCUUUGUGGACUUACCUGAAUUGACAGCUGGCGUGUACAUGGUGGAGCUGCAGAGGCGGAUUAACCAGUUCCUGCUGGCGGUGCCACCUCAGCACCCGCUGCCACAUGUCAAGAACCUGCUGCACGCCACUGCUGACGUGGAGGACAGGCUCAUGCUGUGGGGCGUGGGCAAAGUACCCGGAGGUCUAGACGCAAGGGAGUUGUUCGGAGUGUACGUGGAGGCAUGGAUCAGAGAGCGCACCCACACUCUCAUGGACCUCUGCCGAGCUCCCAAGGUGUGUGCUGCUCCCAAGGCAAGGUGUGUGCUGCUCCCAAGGCAAGGUGUGUGCUGCUCCCAAGGCAAGGUGUGUGCUGCUCCCAAGACAAGGUGUGUGCUGCUCCCAAGGCAAGGUGUGUGCUGCUCCCAAGACAAGGUGUGUGCUGCUCCCUCCUAG